AAAAUGAUAGGAUUCCUCAAACUUGCCAUUAUUGGCACUGUGUUUUUGGGUGUUGUUCAUCAAGCAGUUUCUACGGCAGCACAAGACGCCGGCUGUACUGAUGAAGAAUCACUUAGGACACAUUCUUGUGACCUGGUUCUGGCCGAUUUCCUCGAAAAUCCUGGCAACCUCGACGUGAAGAACAAAAAGAGGUUAAAGGAAUACAAGGAUGAUUGCCAUAACGUACUCAGUUGCUACAACAAAAUCAAAUGUUUGGGAACAAAUGGGGAAAAAAUUCCAGCGGUUAAGUAUAUUGGAAAGCAUUGCAGAGCUACGGAUUACGUACACGAUGAUUUUGCCAAGUGUAGUGACAAAUUGAAUGCAAAGAAAUCAACAUGUUUCGAUGACUGGGACCCAAUUCCAAACAACGUCACUACUGAAAAAGUCCCAAAAAAAUUUGACCAGUUGAUGAGUGAGUCUUGUAAAACAUGUUUUGGAAAAGACAACUGCAUGAUGAAGGAAAUUAAAGAAACAUGUGGCCAACAAGAGUGGGACUUAUUCCGUGUGCAUUUCAUAAUUAUCGCUGGUGGAUUUUUCGACAAGUGUGACUUCAGCAGGCUGGAUUAAAUUUUAUGUGUUGUUAAAUGACUCCUACAAAAUUAAUCAAAAGUGGCAAAACCUUAUCAAAACUUUUUUUUCAAAUAUAAUUUUACGAUUCGCGUUGUUUGUGAGACUUUGAAAGCUCUUGCAAAAAAUCAGAAGUUUAGGAGAAACAUCACAGAAACAGUUUCCUGUGUUGAUUACAGAGUGUUUAAAGCCGCAAAAAUAUUUGGGGUGGCCUAUUCUGAGAAAUCACUUUCAAAUCACACAAUUCUCGUUUUGAAGUCCAAGGCUUUAAGAACUUACUGUCCAUGUCAGUAGUAUAAAAAAGAAUUUUCAAGUUUGUCCAUCUUAUGUCGCUACGUUCUGAAAAAGUGGCAGUUACCCUAUUUUUGAAGUUUGGUCUUUUUUCGAUGAAUUUAUAAGAUUUUUCAAUAAAAAAGGCUCUUCUUCUUG